AUGAAUUUAAAGAAUAAUGAAAAUGAUGAUGCGAAAAAUUUUUGGAAAGAGCAACUGUUCGAAAUAUGUAACAUGAGCCCAGAGGAUAUGAAGAUACACAAUUUGCCUAUAUCAAGAAUAAAAAAAAUAAUGAAAGAAGAUGAUGAAAUAAAAAGUAAUCAAAUGGUUUCUGCAGACACACCUGUAUUAUUAGCUAAAGCAUGUGAAUUAUUUAUUAUGGAAUUAACAAGUAAUGCUUGGAAAUAUACAGAAGAAGGGAAACGUCGAACGUUACAAAGACAAGAUGUAGUAUCUGCUGCUUGUAAGAAAGAUACCUUUGAUUUUUUAAUUGAUCUUAUACCUUUAGAAGAUCGUAUGAAAUUUAUUAAUCUUCAUAUGAAAAUGAAUACUCGAAAAAGUCAGGCGAAUAUGAAUUAUGAUAUGAUGCAACAAUAUUACAAUUUAUAUUCAAAUUGUAAUGAUAAUAAAAAUAGUAUGAAUAUAAUAAAUGGUAUAAAUUCAAUGAAUGGUUUAAAUAAUAUGGAAAACCUUAAUGGUAAUAAUAAUAAUAAUAUGAAUUCUCAAAUGAUGAAUACAUUAAAUAAUAGUACUAAUGAUUUAAAUUUAUUAUACAGAUCAAAUAAUAAUAAUAAUAAUAAUAGCAAUAAUAAUAAUAUAGACGAUUUUAAUAAUUCAUCUUUAAAUUUACAAAAUAAUAUAUAUAUGAACCAAAAUAAAUAUUUUAAUAAUAAAGAUUUUAAUAUAUCAAAUAAUAAUUAUAUGUCACCAAAUGGUGUUAUAUCAAAUAAUAUGUAUCCAACAAAUAAUUUUUCAAAUCGUCAUAUGAGUAUAUACUCCAAUCGAGGUAUGAACUCUACACAAGGCAAUAACAACAACAAUAAUAAUAAUAGUAGUAGUAAUAAUAGUAGUAGUAAUAAUAAUAAUAAUAGUAAUUAUAAUAAUAGUAGUAAUUAUAAUAAUAGUAGUAAUUAUAAUAAUAGCAGUAAUUAUAAUAAUAGUAGUAAUUAUAAUAAUAGUAGUAAUUAUAAUAGCAGUUGUAGUAAUAAUAAUAGUAGUAAUAAUAAUAAUAGUAGUACUUGUAGUAAUAAUAAUAGUAACAAUAACAAGAACAAUAAUAAUAAUAAUUAUAAUAACAGUUUAAGUACUAAUGAAAAUUUUACAAACAACUUAGUUAAUCCCAUAAAUUAUAAUAAUAGUAAUAAUAAUAAUAAUAAUAAUAAUAAUAAUAAUAAUGUAAGUAAUAGAAAAAGAUCAUACAAAAAAGAUUUUUCAAAUAAUACGUUAACAGAAUUAAAUAAUAAUAUAAAUAAUGAUAUGAAAGAUAUUACAACAAAUAGUUUUCACAGCAAUGAUUUUGUCAAUUCAUAUAUAGGCCAGAAUUCAAAAAUAAAUCAAAACAAAAAUAGUUACUCAUCACAUAAUAAUAAUAAUAAUAAUAAUAACAAUUUUAAUAGUGUAGCUGCACAGAAUGGAACCAAUUCAUUUAACGGUAUAAAUACAGAGGAUAUAAAAAAUAAUAAUUUUAAUGGAAAUUAUUGCUCAAUGCAAGAUAUGAAUAUUAUGUAUGAUGUUAAUGGUAUGAUGUAUGGUUAUUCUUAUAUAAAGAAUGAUGAUAAAAAUAUGAAUGAUAUACAAUCACAAAAGGGAUAUGUCUAUAACUAUUAUAAUGGUACAAAUAAAACAAUGAAUAAUACUACUAUAAUUGGAAAUACUGCAUCUAAUAAUAAUUAUAAUGAUAGUAGUUCAAGAAAUGUUUCUUCAUGUUCAUCAUUUGAUCUAAAGAAUAAUAUGAUUACAAAUGAUUCCAGAAAAAAUAUAUCACCAGUUAUAUCAAAUGAUAUCAAAAAUAAUAAUUAUAAUAGGAAUAUACAUAAUAAUAAUAUGAUAAAACAAAAUAAUAUAAUUAUUAAUGAUUAUAGUAAUAACUCUAAUAAUGUGCAAGGAAAUCUAAAUCCAGAACUUAUCAAUAGAAAUUCUUUAUCUGUUAAAUCUAAUGUUGAAUUAAAUAAAGAUGUUUUAAAUAAUUUUUUUCUUAAAAAUAAUAACACUGCAACUACAACUAGUACUACUACAACAACUACAGCUACUACGCAUAAUAAUGUCAUGGGUAAUAAUAACAUGCCUUCUGGUAAUGACACCAAAGCUAAAAAUAAUAAAAGUAAUAAUAAAAAUAAAAAUGGAAACAGCAACAACAACAAUAAUAAUAAUAAUAAUAGUCGUAUAUCCAUUAAUAAUCGAAUGAGUAAUAAUAAUAAGCGUAUGAGCAAUACACAUUAUGUUCUCAAUAAUCAAUCAAAUAAAAAUAAGACAUUAAACAAUAAACAUAAUAAUAAUAAUAAUGUGUUAAAUGAUCAUAUGAAUAAUUCUAUGCAAAAUAAUUACCAGCUGAGUAUGCAACAAAAUAAUCUUAUGGCUACAUCAAUGAACCAACAAAUGUCCUCCUUAAUGAAUGAUCCAAAUAUGAAUGAUAUAAAUAUGAAUAAUAUGCACAAUAUGAAUAAUAUGAAUAAUAUGAAUAAUAUUGUUAUGAAUGAUAAUAUUAUGAAUGAAAAUAUUAUGAAUGAUACUAUGAUGAAUGAUACUAUGAUGAAUGAUACUAUGAUGAAUGAUAAUAUUAUUAAUAUUAAUAAUAUUAAUGAUCAUAUUAUUAUGAAUGAUACUAUAAUUAAUGAUAUUAUUAAUAACUCAGAAAAUAAUAUUACUAGAAAAAACUCAUCUAUCAAUAUCAUCAAUCAAAAUAUUGAUAAUAGUGUUGUGCACAAUCAUUUAAAUAAUAUCAUUCCACAUAUUAAUAAUAACGUGCAACAAAAUAUGAAGGUUAAUAUGAAUUCUAACAUGUAUAUGAAUAAUAAUACACAAAAUCAAAUGUAUCAACCUACUUCUCAGUAUUCUGUGCCAGAAAAUAAUUAUAUAUGUAAUUAUAAUACACAGACUUAUAAUAAUAAAGUCAAGAAAAAAAUAUAUACUUAUUCGUAA